CCGGGGCACCCACCUUCCAGUAACUCGCCAAAAUGACGAACACAAAAGGAAAGAGGAGGGGUACUCGGUAUAUGUUCUCUAGACCUUUUAGGAAAAAUGGAGUCGUUCCUUUGGCCACAUACAUGCGAAUCUACAAGAAGGGUGAUAUUGUAGACAUCAAGGGAAUGGGCACUGUUCAAAAAGGAAUGCCCCAUAAGUGUUACCACGGCAAAACUGGAAGAGCCUACAAUGUCACCCAGCAUGCCGUGGGCAUCGUUGUAAACAAGCAGGUUAAAGGCAAGAUUCUGGCCAAGAGGAUCAAUGUGCAGAUUGAGCACAUCAAGCACUCAAAGAGCAGAGACAGCUUCCUGAAGCGGGUGAGGGAGAACGAUCAGAAGAAAGAGGAAGCCAAAGAGAAGGACACCUGGGUUCAGCUGAAGCGCCAGCCUGCACCACCCAGAGAAGCCCACUUUGUGAGGACUAACGGAAAGGAGCCUGAGCUGCUGGAGCCCAUUCCAUACGAAUUCAUGGCCUAAGGUACACAAAGGAAACAAAGGACCUGGACUGCAAAGUCAA